AUGGAGAAUUUGCCGCCCAAGGUAAAGGUGCUCAAAAAGCGCCGCUCCAGUCUUUUUGCCACUAUAAAACGGGAAAUGAGCUUAUCACAGAGUGUUGACGGAGAAGAGUGUGAAUUCCCCUUUUCACAGGACAGCUCUGUGAAAGCAUGGACAUCUAUGGACAACCUUGACACUCCAGAUGUAAAGAAGGAAGUGAAAAAAAAGCUGAUCAAAGAUCUACCAAACCCAAUGAAAUCAAACAUUGUGAACCUCAACGUGGGCGGAAAGGUGUUUCACAUACCGAAGCAUUUGGUCCUCCGAUAUCCAAAAACCAGGAUUGGAGUCCUUGCUCUCUGUGAUGAUCCUGUCAAGCGUCUGGCACUCUGUGACGACUACAAUGUUCAGAACAAUGAGUUCUUUUUUGACAGGGACCCCAUGUUUUUCCACUACAUCUUCCACUUUUACUGCAGCAGUGUACUGUGGGUGAUGGAAAGCCUCUGUCCUGUCAACUUUGAGGAAGAGAUGUCUUUCUGGGGGCUGAAAUUGAAGGACACUCCAAGGUGUUGCCGUAUUCUGUUUGAGGAGAAAGUGGACGACAUCAGAGACCAACUGAAGGUCAACCAGGAGCUGAUUGAUGAGAUCAAGCCUCAUCAGGAUGACGCGGCCUACAAGAACAUGUUCCUUGGAUAUUUUCGGAAGCUCCUCUGGGACCUGAUGGAGAAUCCUUACUCUUCACUGGCAGCAAAAGCCUUUGCAGUGUUUUCUAGUCUUUUUGUGCUAAUCUCUAUUGUUGCCAUGACAUUGAAUACAGUGAAGGAACUCAGGCAGUACAAACUCGCAGGCAAAACCUACAUGGAGUGGGUGGAGGUCUGCUCCAUCCUUUUCUUCACCUUGGAGUACUUUUUGCGUUUGUUCACCACAUCUGACAUUAAACAUUUUGUGAAGAGUGCUCUCAACUUUGUUGACAUGGUGGCUGUUAUGCCCUAUUUCAUCCAAAUCAUUUUUGAGACGUUUGUUAUAGACUCCGAAGACGCAGGUGCACAGGAAGACUUGAAGACCAUGGCAAGGGUCAGUAAAGUCAGCAAGGUGCUCAAGGUCGUCAAAUUGAUGCGCAUCUUCCGUAUCCUGAAGCUUGCCCGUCACUCUACAGGCAUGAGGGCAUUUGGUUUUACCAUCCGCCAAUGCUCUGAGCAGGUGUGUUGUCUUUUUCUGUUCAUUGCCAUGGGCAUCUUCACUUUCUCUGCUCUGAUGCACUCUGUGGAGGUGGAUCAGCCUGGGACACCAUUCAGCAGCAUACCAGAUGCCUGGUGGUGGGCUGCGGUGAGCAUCUCUACUGUGGGCUAUGGAGAUGUUGUCCCUAUCUCCUAUCUUGGCCGCUGUGUGGCAUUUGGCUGCAUCUCCUUUGGCAUCAUCCUCAACGGCAUGCCCAUCUCCAUCCUGUUCAACAAGUUUUCUGACUACUAUGCUAAACUGAAGGAACAAGAAUACACAUUUUCAAACACUGAGCGCACCUUCAAACUCAAGAAACGUUUGAGGCGCAAGUUUGAUCACUGCUUCGAACCCACGCCAGAGGAGUCCGAAGAUGAGAUCCACUUCCGGCCCAGUGGAAGGCAAACCAUUCGUGGGAAUGAAGAUUAA